UCGUGUGCGGAUAGUGGAGCACACGGAAAGAGAGGCUCUGUUGAAAUCGUCUGCUGUGCUCCUCGUGUAAUCAAGCCACGUUUGAAAAAAAAAAAAACUUUUUUUUUUUUAAUUAAUUUGCGGUUUCUUGCAUACCAUCGUCGUCGCGUCAUCGCGCGAAUGUGAACCUUCUUAUUCGAUAGAUUUAUUUAAAAGACAAAAAAAAAAAAAAAAAAACAGAAGAAUAAAUCUCAACUGUGCUCGGCUCUAAUCAAAUGGCUACGAACAAUACGGAAGAGGUCGAGGAAAUUCAGAAAAAAGAGCAAGAGUCACCUAAACCUGAGGAGUUCCCGCCUGAACUUCUGAUUAAGCAUCCACUACAGAACACAUGGACCCUCUGGUACUUUGAGCUGGACAAGAGCAAGGGAUGGGAGGACAGCCAGCGGGAGAUCACCAGUUUCGACACAGCUGAAGAUUUCUGGAGUCUUUACAACCAUAUCAAACAAGCAUCCGAGCUGAAAAUAGGAUGCGACUACAGUAUGUUUAAGCAAGGCAUUAGACCCAUGUGGGAAGAUGAUGCCAACAAACAUGGAGGAAGAUGGCUGAUCAAUUUGGAUAGAAAACAGAGAUCCGUUGAUUUAGAUAAUUUUUGGUUGGAGAUUUUGCUUUGUAUGAUUGGUGAAGGAUUCAAUGAUAGUUCAGAUACGAUUUGCGGAGCUGUUGUUAAUAUUAGAAGUCGACAAGACAAAAUUGCUCUUUGGACCGGAAAUGCUAAGCUCGAAGACAACAUUUUAGAGAUUGGAAGAAAACUGAAAGAAAGACUAAAGAUUGCAUCAAAGCUUCAAAUACCGUAUCAAGUACAUAGAGAUACCAUGGUAAAAUCAGGAAGUACGAUAAAGUCAACCUACACAGUUUAAGAAGUAAGUGGGACCGAUAUCACAAGCUUAUGCGUGCUGUUUUUUAAGAGGAUUAAUAUUUAAGAUCCACUCGCUGACUGGAAUCAGAUGUUGAAAGAUUUAAAAAAAAAUUCAGAAACUAAGUGAUGAUCCUUUUUUUCGUUACCACUUAAACUUUUUGACAGUGUUGAGCAAAGUUAAAGAAAAAAAAGAAAAAAAAAAACUGGUGUUAUUGAAUAUGUUUGCUGAAUGAUAAUAGAUUAAUAUAAAAUACGUAUGAAUAAGUAAAACUGUACAAUAUAUUUGAGUAUAAUUGAGAAUGUUUGGUGAGACAAGUGCAGAUUGUUGUAGUGUCGAUCCCAUCAUAUUCAUCGAAAAUUAAAUUUAGUUUGUUUUUUAGUUUAAUUUUUUUUCUUGUAUUUUUAGAAAAAAUACAACAAUCUGCUCAAUAAUCGUUAUUCACAAGCUACAUUAAUUAUUAGAUAUGCGCAUCCAUUUUCAUGAAUCUUAUGUAAUUCAGUUUUCUAUAUAAGGUAUGUUUGAAAAUAAUGUGAAUAAAUAUAUACUUUGCACAA